CAUUAUCUGAAUAUGGUUCCAGGGAUACCUUAAUGAGCAUUGCUAAGCACUAUCAAACCGAAGAAACUCUUCCUGAGAAUGUAUACAAGAAGCUCCUGGCUGCGAGAACGUUCCGUGCAGGGUCCCUUAGUCUUCGUCAGUUGAAGUUUGCUACAGUUGAUCUGGAGCUGCACACAAAAUAUACGCCAGGUGGGACAGAGACCAUCUACGAUGUUGAUCAAAGGGUGUCCAUAAAAACACAAGUGAUUUCUCCACUUCCUGAGGAUAGAUUCCUCUGCAGCUUCAGUCAUAUAUUUGCAGGCGGUUAUGCAGCUGGAUACUACAGUUACAAGUGGGCGGAGGUUUUGUCUGCGGAUGCGUUUUCAGCCUUUGAAGAUGCUGGGUUGGAUGACAUCAAGGCUGUUAAAGAAACAGGACAGAGAUUCAGAAACACUAUACUUGCUCUGGGAGGAGGAAAAGCACCUCUACAAGUGUUUGUGGAGUUCAGAGGUCGGGAACCUUCCCCAGAGCCUCUGCUCAGACACAGUGGGCUCUUGGCUGCUUCUGCUUGAAGUAUUGAAAUCCUUUGGCUAGUCUCAAUCAGAUUUACGAUUACAAAGUCAUCCAGUUGUAUUAAACUUAUUCUACUUUUGUUCACUGAGCCUUUUCGAGACAAUAAGAAUGGUGUUUAUGAACAAAACGAACAGAGAUAUUUCUUUUAUCUUCCAACCAUAACGCAUUUUCCAUUA